AUGAAGCACAUCACAAGUGCCUACGUUAAGUGGAAGCGGGGAUUGGCUGAUAAGGUCCGUCUGACGAAACACCGAUUGGUUCGGACGCUUCUAGCAGAAUGCCUCGGCACGGCCAUAUUGGUCGCUUUUGGCACCGGAGUUGCUGCACAAUCCAAACUGACCGAGGGUGAAUUCGGCACCACUUUAGCCGUUAGUCUCGGUUACGCUGCGGGAAUGUCCCUUGCGCUAUUCGUAGUGGGGUCACGUAGCCCCGGUUUGUGCAACCCCUCUGUGGCUUUCGCGAAUGCUCUCGUUGGCCGCCUUGACUUUCUGAAGAUGCUUCUCUUUUGGCUUGCUCAACUGAUCGGUGCAUUCCUUGGAACUCUGGUAGUUCUUGCCAUCUACUGGGAAAAGGUCAUGGACUAUACAAACCUACACGACAAUGGUAUUCUCAAUAUGUCCUCCACUGGCACAAUCUUCUCCAGUACGGCUAACGGCUCAACCUCGGAACUGUGCAGUAGUCAGGUGAUUAUUGGCAUGAUGACCAUUGUCGGAAUUAUGGCAAUCUUGGACAAGAACAACUGGAAUGCGCCGCACUUCUACGUCAUUAUCUACUCCGCCGUGGUUGAAUUUUUGCUCUUCGAUGACUUCACAGUUCAAUCAACCUCUUCUAAUAACCCAGCGUUAGAUUUGGGAGGCCGUUUAGCACUACUUAUCACGGGCUGGGGAGCAUCGGCAUUCACGUUUAAAGACUAUGCUUUCUGGAUCUUUUUGGUGAUGCCCUUCGUCGGUACCCUGUGCGGUGUUCUGCUCUACGAGUUGGUCAUCGGCAUUCACCUCCCGGGAGCAGGGGAAGACUCCAAGAAUUUCGAAGAUAAUUUUAAAGAGGAGGAGUGA